AUGACCAAAUUUGUUGAAGCAAAUCCUUCGAAACGCAAAGAUAUGCCCAAAAGAGGACGAGGGAGACCGCCUAAAGCUCAAUCGGCAAAAUCGACGUUCACAAGCAAUAAAAUUAUGAAAUAUGAAGAUCUUUAUGAUGUUAAUGUUAGACGUGAAUCUUACAAUGAUUCUCUUCUCAAAAGUGAGCCAAGUAGUCCAAAACAACUCCAACCGGGAAACGGAGGUAUUACUUACAGGGAAAGCCUCAUGAAGUUCUGCAAGGAUCUGGGUCCCACCGCACGAAAAAUAGCUCUUCGAAAGCUUUUAGGACAAGGUGUCAACUACCAGACUCGACAUCAGCUCCAGCCAUUGUUGCCAUCUUUAGACGUUAAUCAGCCACACUCACGUUUUCUAGACCUGAAUUCAACAAAUAGUUCAGUCAGAAUCGCCACACCAAAUCAAGCUAGUCAGCCAUUGAUGGGUUUUGGAGAUUACAAAGGGAAACGAAUCAUGGUUGAUGAUGGCAAAAGUAAUUUCAACAAACGAGAUGUUGGUGAUAACUUAGAGUUCUUAUUGGGUAAGCAAAAAACUGGGGUUCAAAUUUGCAAGAAUUAUCAACAAAACGGAGGAGAUGGUUCAUCGGAAAAUCAAGAUCUUGUUUGCAAGAAUCUUGGCUAUGGCCAAGUCGGUAGCUGGAUGACCAUCAAUCAAAUUGGUUCCUUGCUUUCGAAUUAUAAUGGGAACUUGAAUAAAAAUAUUAACAAUGUUAAUGGGAUUGAAGAUGUUGAAGGGGCUCCAAGAAACAAAAACAUUAAUUCAUGUGUUCAUCCUUCAACGUACGUGCAACCCUCCAAGAAGAUUUUUAGCUCGUCGUUUGCGAUGAAUGAUAUUCCAUGGGUUCCACCGCCAUCAACACCAGUGGCGCCACUACAAAAAUGGUGGCUCCAACCACCGGAAACCAAGAAUCUAGUUUUAAAUGAUGGUUUAUGUCGAGAACCGGAGUUGGAGCUUGCAUUGGCUUCCUACAUGCAAACAUCAAAUCAACAACCAAAAGUUUGGAUUGAAAAUUCUUGGGCACAAAACCAACCAAGCCAGUUUCACCAAUCAAAUCUACAUGGAACAUAUCAACAACAACAACCUCAGCCACAUCAAUUUCUAUCAUACCAAAAUGUGUUUAAUAAUGACGAUUCUCAGCUACAAGAGAGGUUAUUGAUGCCAAUUCCACCGAAGCUCUGGUCACAGACGGAAAUGUUUGGGGUUGUCCCCAAGCAAGACUCAUUUCCAUUCGUCUGUCACUUUGCUGAGGUUGAUGUCAAGUCGUUAAAUGAGUUGCUUAGGUGGCCGAAUAUGUUGUAUAGCACAUGCAAAGCUCCUUCAAGCCCUAGAACCUCGAGUGAAAGAAAAAAUGGCGUCUUCAUCUUCUGUGGAAAGCAGGCAAGGGAAUCAAUCAAUGAGGAGAAGCUUAAUGCCAAGAUGCUUAUGUGA